GGAUGGAUGGAUGGAUAGUGAACAGUGCAGCCUCAGUGAGGUUUAAAACUCGUGACAAAAGGAACUUAAGUGGGCAAUGGAGGAGAAAAGGAAAGCAGAGGGUCUGGUGAGGCACACAGGUGGCUGCCAUUGCGGUGCUAUCCGGUUUGAGGUGUGGAAUGCUGUGGAUUUGCACAUAUUUGAUUGCAAUUGCAGCAUUUGUACCAAGAAGCAGAACCGGCAUUUUAUUGUUCCCAAGGCUCAUUUUACAUUGCUUCAGGGCUCGGAGAACAUAACCACGUACACAUUCAAUACACACACAGCCAAGCACAUGUUUUGCAAGAUAUGUGGUGUGCAAAGUUUCUACAUCCCCAGAUCGAAUCCUGACGGCUUUGGUGUGGCUCCACAUUGCCUGGAUCCUGGAACUGUAAAGAGUGUGAAGGUUGAACGGUUCUGUGGCGAGAACUGGGAGGAGAGCAUGCAGAAACACAACACUAUCAGGAGUAUGUCCAAGUCUACAGAAGAAGACAAAUGUGACCUUAAAAAAAAGAAUUAUUAAUUUUGUUUGGGUUAAAUUAUAAACCAUAGGCUAUACUAGUUACCUAUAAAACAAUGUUUCUGAAAGCAGAGCCACAUGAGAUUAAUUAUGAAGCCCUCUCUGAGUUAACACAGCUGCAAUACAGAACCUCGGUUUGAAAUCACCUGUUAUUGUGGUAUUACUCUCAUGUUCUGUAUUAUUAUACAUACAGGACACUUUUUCGAUGGAAUAAAAACAUGUAUUCUA